AUGGAAACUCCUAGUGAUCCAAAAAAAUGCUCAAUGUGUCAUAAAAAUCCAAUAAAAUAUACAUGUCCACGAUGUUCAAUACGUACAUGUUCAUUACCAUGUUGUCUUCUUCAUAAAAGAACUUUAGAUUGUAAUGGACAACGAGAUAAAACUUCAUUUAAACAAUUAAAUACAAUGAAUGAUCUUGAUCUUUUAUCAGAUUAUCGUUUUUUAGAAGAAGUUAAUCGUCAGAUUGAAACAAGUAAGCGCGAUGAAAUGACAAAUAAAAUGAAAUCAUUUAAUGAACCAACACGUUUUCAAAAAUUAAUACAAACAAAAUUAAAAAUCCUUGGAUCAAUACAAAUUCUCUAUUUACCAAAAUUUUCUACACGACAUAAACAAAAUCAUAUGUGGUAUGAUAGAAAAUUAGAUGAAGUUUUUUGGCAUAUUGAAUGUCGAUUCUUUACUGAUUCAUUUUAUACAUGGACAAUAACACGUUUACCUACAAAAGAAACAACACUAGCAAAUCUUUUAGUAAAAUUUCAUGAACAUUGUAAUGAAAAAAAAGAUUCCAUAUCUUUAAACUCAAAGAAUUUUUCUAAUGAACAAGAAAUUUGUGUUUAUAUUGAAAAUUUUGGUCAAAAACGAAAACAAUUUGGCAAAUAUGAAAAACGCCCAUUUAAUACAAUGAUUGAUUUAUUUCCAUUGGGCAUUUGGAGCCAAUUCACAUUCUUGGCACAAUGGUGGUCGCAAAGUGAUUGUGUAUUGUAUGUAGAUCCAAUUGUUUUGAAAAAAGUUCGUAGCGAACAUGCCAUUGUUAUAAUGAAUCAUAAAUAUGACGUCGAUUGGCUUGCUGGUUGGAUAAUUUGCCAACGCCUUGGUAUAAUACAAGGAUCGAAAAUAGUUGGUAAACAAUCUCUUCGAUUAGUGCCUAUUGUGGGUUGGUGUUGGAUAUUUACUGAAUCAAUAUUUUUACGACGUGUAUGGGACAGUGAUCGUGAAACUCUAGUCAAAGAUUUACGAAAAGUGCUAGAAAAUUAUCCAAAAAACAUGUUUUUUAAUUUUUUACUUUUCUGUGAAGGUACACGUUUUACUGAGAAAAAACGUGUAACAAGUAUGAAAAUUGCAAAAGAAAAAGGCUUACCAGAACUUAAACAUCAUAUAUUACCACGAACCAAAGGUUUUACUUUAUUAUUACAAGGUGCAGAAGAUCGAAUUACUGGUAUAUAUGAUUUAAAUAUUGGUUUUAAAAAAAAUGGAGCUGAACCAACUCUUCGUAGCAUAAUGAAAGGUCGUUCUUGUCAAGCUGAAAUAUAUGUUCGACGUACUUCAAUUUCUGAAAUUCCAAAAGAUACUGAAGGAUGUGGUAAUUGGGUACAUAAAUUAUAUCAAGAAAAAGAUCAGAUAUAUGAUUAUUUUGUUCGUAAUGAUACAUUUGAAGGUAAUGGUUUACAACGUAUUGAAGUUCCACGUAAUUAUACAGAUUUAUUAAUUGAACUUUUCUGGAUAUUAACUAUUGGUGUUCCAUCAAUCAUAUAUUUAUUCAAAUUUCUUUUGACAAGUUCAUUUAUUGCUCAAAUAAUAUUCGUUAUUAUAGUUAUUCUUGCAACUAUUGGUGUUCGAGCUAUGAUUGCUGUAACAGAAACUGAACGUGGAUCACAUUAUGGUGAAACAAAAAAGAAUGAAUAA